AUGGUCAACUCAUUUCCUUCUGCUCGUCAGCGCACCCGUGCGCAAACUGCAGCUUUUCUCUUAGGUGUUCAUCCAGAACCACCAAAUGUCAACAAAGAUGAGGUCAGCAGCAUGCGCGCGGUUCGGCAUUUUUACGAGGGGAUGGAUGAAGAGCUGUUUACUGCACAACGGGACAAUGUCCAACUCAAAAAAAUCGAGUUCAGAGUUCCUCUCCAUACCACAGAUAGAGAUAAAUGGACCACAUAUGUGGGCCAGUCUUACUCCAAGUCAGAUUGCCACCUCGAUAUAUUUGACACCAUAAAGGCUACAAUGGAUGUACCAAAGGAGUUUCAGCACUUAGGCUGGCGCCUGUCUACUGCCCGCCGCAUGGACCCACCUCAUCGGCUUUUGACAUCACUUGAUAUUGAUAGCGCUUUCAAAGCCACGAGGGCGGAACAAAGUUCUGGCAGGAACAAGAAGGUAGUUGCGAUUGAAGUUGUCAAUACUGAUCCUGUACCGAAAGACUUCAAGCAAACCAAACGAAAGGCAGUCGUGUCUUCUUCAGGCAAGCAGAGUCCGUCAUCGCUUGUAUCCUACACAAGGAGUUGGAGAAAGUCAAGAGACACAUUCUGUUGGGUGGAUUCAUCGCUGCCAAAUGCUCCGCACUACCCACUGUGUACCCAGGACCUGCAGGAGUGGGCUAGAUAUUUGCUCGAAACUGGAGAUCCAGACAACUCCUGUGUCACUCUGCCCAGCACGCCUCACUUCGAUAAAGUUCGAAAGACACAUAAGGAGCGAACUACAUCACCACUCCAGAGGGUGCCCACUGAAAUCAUAUCACUGAUCAUUCAUAAUCACAUUCACCUGUUAUCCUCUUCCAAUGACAUCUCUGAUGGAGUACUUGCCAGAGAACAGGGAGAAGGUCGCAUGGCUCCUCAACCACUCAAGAGGACAUUUGCACUCUACAUGGACAGUGAUGAAGAGUCUGACAAUGAGGAACCGCCGCAACAUAUCAAGGACGUCCUUACAAAUGUCCACUUGCGCUACCCUGCCAUGAACUUCCCUCAAUAUGCCAAUAAACUAAAGGAUUGUGGCAUCUUGUAUCUGCCGACCGCAGCUCAUUUCGGUGUUAAAUUCUACGAGAAGAAAGUUGGGAUGUCAGAGGGCGCUGCAUAUACCUUUCAGAGCUGUGUUUCUAAAACUCACUUGAAGGCAGAACUUGCGAAAGGGAGAAGGAAAGCUAAAGGAAAGAAGAAAGCAUGA